AUGUCGGCAGUGGAAGUGUCUGUUGUGGAGUUUUUUGACAAGGAAAAGGCGGCCGCGGUGGAGCUCUUCUACGAGCGGGCCAAACCAACCCGGUGGCUGCUCGUGCACUCCAUCCCAGUUGGAGUGACGCUGCUGCAGGCGUUGCAGUGCCUUGCCGCGUGCGCCGCCGUCGCCCCACCGCCGGCCGAAGGCGGCGCGAGGUGCAGUGCCGCGGAGGGUUGCCUCUGCGCCGUUCGGGUGGGCUGCGCCCCGGACGAGGGCCGGACGUAUUGUCUGUUGCUGCAGUUCGCCACCGCCGGUGACGCGGCACGCGCAAAGGGCCAGCUCCUGCAUGCGAAUCUGACGGGGCACCCGCCCACGGUGUCGGAGUUCGUCUGCGAGGCGGCCAGCGUAAGGCGCUCGCGGCUAGGGGCAGGCGGCGACGAGGAUGAUGACGAUGACGUGGGCAGCAGCAGGAGGCCGCACGGCGCGGGCGGAGAGGAAACCGUCAAGCUGGCGGAGUUGUGUAGUGUGACGCAUGGGGGAGUGGUGCCCGCCGCCCAAUCGCAGAGCGCCUGUGCGGGUGGUAGUAAGGCAUGGCGGGGCUUGGAGCGACAGGGCGGAGGACGCCUGGCGCACACCGUCUCGCUGACGCCGACGGAGGACUUCUGCACCAUCUGUCAAGAAACUGCCUCCAGUAAGCCGUUUAUUGUGACCUUGUGCAAACAUGUGUUUCACCUCUCAUGCUUCCAGAAGCAUCUGGAGGAUGUCGGCCAGUCAUGUCCGCUCUGCCGGUUUUCAAUGGCGUUGCUGAAGUCAGAGUGCGACGCGUGUGGCGCCUGCAGUGACUUGUGGACGUGUCUUGUGUGUGGCUGGGUGGCGUGUGGCUGGGGCCACCGCAGUGAUGCCUCGCACCACUUUGAGAGCACCGGGCACUCCUGCGCGAUGCAGAAUAGCACCUCCCGGAUUUGGAACUUCCGCGCGAUGGACUUCCUGCAUCACCAGCUGGCAAUCGAGCUGGGGCGCGAGGACGACGCGAGGGCCCUGCAGGCGGCCGCCGAGGAUACCCCCGCCCCCAGCUGCUUCCACAAGGGCGAAGCGGGGCUUACAGCCACCACCUACCGGCGCAGUCGAUGGUGGUGGGACGCGGAGGAUGAGGCGGCGGCGCUCGACCUGAACGCCGAGUACGUGCAUGACUACUACCUACGGGUGAUGCAGCAGCUGAUGAGGGAACAGUCGGAGUACUUUGAGCGACGGGGAGAGGCGGGCGUGGCUGCGUUGGCGCCGACGACAAACGAGACCGCCCUGGAUGCGGCUACCGCGAAGCUGCGGAGGCUGGCGACGGCGGAGCAGCGGCAGCGGAGGCGGCUAGUCUCAGAGUACACGAGCGUCAUGCGUCGCGUGGCGCUGCAUGAAAAGAUGUUCUUUCAGCGUCUGGUAAAACUGGAGGCGAUACGGAAUGGGAGGCUGCAUGAGGAGUCGCUGCUGCAGUCGCAGUACAUUCAAAGCCUGCAUGCAAGCAUUGAGCAGACAAGACGCAGGAUUGACGAGGCUUCGCGACGCGGGGAGCAGCAGCUGACGCAGAAGCGGGCGGAGUUAGACUCGCUGCAAGCAAAGCUGGACAUGUUGUUAAAAGAACUGCACUGA